GAAUUCAUCAUCCCCCAUCAAAUCAAAACCAAUUCGCAUUAGGGUUCUCUCCAUACACCGUUAUGAAGAUGAAUUCCUCAACAAAGUCCUUCAUUUUGUUCAGCCUUGGCUUGGUCCUCAUCAUCGCCAAUGUAGCACAAGCCGAAGAAAAAUCAGCAACCUUGGACUUAUCGAAGUUGGUGAUUAAAGUUUGUGACGCUACAGCAACAGAAAGGGCAAAAUGCAUGGACAUCAUGAGAUCAAACCCUAAGAUGCUAUCAGCAAAGAACAUUGUUCAGCUCUCACAAGCCAUCCUUGAAUUGGGCAUAAGCAAGGGCAAGGAGGGACAAAAAUUCCUUAAGGAGUUGGCAAAGAAGAGCAAGUCCCCGGCGCUUGAACAAUGCGCCGGAUUCGACUAUGAUGGCGUCGUUGGAUCCUUCAAGAGUGCUCUUGGCGAGAUCAAGGAAGAUCCCAUGACUGCAAAUUAUGAUGCCAAGGUCGCCAGCGAUGGCCCUGACACCUGCGACAGAGGUUUGGAAAGUGAAAAGAUCGUUAACCCUGCUAUUACCGAACUAAACAAGGAGAUUAGGUUGCUUUCAGGCAUAGCUUUUGCUGCAACAAACUUUAUUCCAAACAAAAUUUAAGAGGAGGGACUAGUGUUGAGGAUCGGAAUUUUAUGGGGGAAUUUUAUUAAUGACAUCCUUUUCAGUUUGUAGUGUGUGGGUUGAUCGGAAAUAAUUAAAAUGACUACCAACUUGUUGAAUUUGUCAUCACAUCAAUUUUUGUGUAAUUUUAAUUAUUUUCUUUU